AUCGCCUCGCCAUAGACUUCUACAACAAGCAUGCGCACGACUCGACACCUCCUCUCAUCAGCUCGUAGCAAAGAUGCACUAUCACUGCUCUUCCUAGGCGGAGAUGCCUUUUCCAUCGGCGUCCUGGAACCUCUUCUCGCUAGCAAACAGGGACUGUGGAAAGACCUGUUAAUCGUCACCUCGGGAGAAAAGCAGGUGGGGAGAGGUUCAAGGGGAACAAGACGGAUAGUUCCUCCUCUGUUGACUUAUGCGGAAGAGCAAGGUUUGGGCACAAGUACUCUGCCUCCGACGGGGUUCAAGGAUUGGCAGAUUCCCGAAGGAUUCCUCCCACCAGCAUCAAACAGCAACCCACCAAAUCCACCUCCUUUACUUUCAACCCCAAACCCAAGCCCAAGCCCGAUCCUGAUCACAGCCUCAUUCGGCCAUAUCAUCCCCACCCCCUUCCUCAAAACCUAUUUCCGAGAACCUUACUCCCGGCUUAACGUACAUCCUUCGCUCUUGCCGGAAUACAGAGGAGCCGCCCCGAUCCAAUGGUCCAUCGCUGACAGUUGGAAGGUCCGGAGAGGUAGGACGGGGGUCACUGUGCAGAGUUUGGAGUUGGGGAGGGGGAAGGUGGAUUGUGGGGAUGUUUGGGCGCAAGAGGGGGGGGUGGAGAUCGACGAGCGUUCGACGUACAACAGUUUAUUACCGACCUUGGCUAAAAGAGGCGGAGAACUGCUCGUAUCCACCCUCCAACGAAUACGUGAUGGAACUGCGAGCUGUUAUCCACAACCAUCAUCACAAGGCGAAACAUUUCGGAAAGCCGGCAAGAUCAGCCCAACUACGGCCCGGGUGGACUUCCAGACACAGAGCGCGAUGGAGGUCGAAGCGCGGCAUCGAGCGUUUGGGUUUCAGGAACCGAUAUGGACGACGGUCCAGGGAAACCCGAUCCAGCUGCUCGAAUGCGGGUUGAGCGAUCUCAAGCCGGGUUCUUCAGAGACCGGCUCACAAUUGCGAUCGUUACGUCCGGGACAAGCUCGGUAUGAUCGUCCGAACAAUCGGCUGCUCGUCCGAUGCGCAUACGAAAACAAUCCGCAUUCGUCUUCAUAUACGCAUUCGCAAGAAGAGGAUGAUGAGAUGGUGACGGUGCUCCUCGAGGUCAAGAGGGUGAGGCAGGCGGGGAAGAAGGAGAUGGGAGUGAGGGAUUGGUGGAACGGCUUGAGGGGGGUGGGGAAGGGUAUGGUCGUGGAUCUCGGUACAUGAGGUGUUACGACUUCGUCAGGCGGUUCGUCUUGAUCAUACGGUCUCGGGAUGCCAAGAGUCAUCUAGCCGAUUUGUCCGUCUGUAUCACUUCGGCUCAUGAUUAGCAUUGUCGAGUUUGUAACAUGUAUCAAGACGUCAAGUGAAUCUGGUCUCGACGUCUCGAUCACGUGAAACCGUCGUCCUUCUAGACUCCCAC